AUGGACUCCAAAGAGGUCAAAUCAACAGUGUCAAACCUUGAAAAAACCAAGGAUGAUGCUACUAUAUUGAAGCUACUCAACAUACUCAAUGACGAAGUCCAGCCGACAGAAAAGUUACUUCGAGAGACGAAAGUCGGUAUCGCUGUAAACAAAUACAGGACGCAUUCAAACGCUCAGGUUUCUCUGCUUGUGAAGAAGAUGAUUCGUGGAUGGAGGGAUGCCGUACAGGCCGAAAAAGAGAGUAAGAAAAAGGCACUGGCUUCUUCUUCAUCGUCAUCAUCAUUAUCAUCUUCUGCUGCUGGUGCUGGUGCUGCUUCUACUUCCGCCUCAACUUCGGCAUCGUCUACCACCGCUUCCGCAACAACCGCUAAAGGAGCAUCUAAUGACACAACAAGUUCAGCUUCUGGGCCAUCUCUCAGGUCGUACACAGGUCCAAGGGAUGCCAAAAAGGAUGGCGUUAAUACUCAAUUGUACGAUAAUGAUACCCGUAACGCAUCUGUUGUUGCAUUGUACGCAUCUUUGGCGGUUGAUAGAGAAGACCCUUCAAAACAUAUCGUUGCAGUUGCCGCAGAGAUUGAAAGUGCUGUUUUCAAAAACGAGUACCUGAAGGUCAACGAGGCCUACAGAAACAAAUUAAGAACGUUUGUUAUGCAGCUUCGAAACAAGAAAAAUCCAGAAUUACGAGAACGAUUAUUAACUCGACAAAUCACCGCUGAACGAUUCAUCAAAAUGUCACCCAAUGAGAUGGCACCCGAGGAAUUGAAAAAGGAGAUUGAAAAAAUGCACAAGCAGAACUUGUUUGAUGCUCAAGGUGCUACUGAAAAAAGAGCAGUGACUGAUAGAUUUACAUGUGGAAAGUGUAAGCACAAAAAGGUGAGUUACUAUCAAAUGCAAACCCGUUCUGCGGACGAACCUUUAACUACAUUUUGUACAUGUGAGAAUUGUGGUAACAGGUGGAAGUUUUCAUAG